AUCAUUUAUUCAUAGGUGGCGCUAAAAUCGAGCGUUAUAGGCUUGACAUCUGAGAGGAUAUAGAUAUGUUUACCUUUUCGAAAUUGUUGACCUAAAUUCCAAUUCAAGGCAACUGAUCUUAUUGAAAAACCGGUGACCUCAAGAGAAAGUUGUAAACAACCAUGGCCAACGUCGAUAGCCCAGAGAAAACUCGACGCCUUGCCCAAGCUGCUAGUUCAGGAAGGAGUGUGAUUUGCAGAGUAUUAUUAUUGGAUGGAACUACGUACGACAUUGAUGUCGAUAAAAAAGCAGUUGGUUUGGUAUUGUUUGAUAAAGUUUGUGAUCAUCUUGACUUGUUAGAAAAAGAUUAUUUUGGACUGAAUUUUAUUGAUCCAAAAACUAGCUUAGAAUCAUGGUUGAAUUUAGAUAAGAAAAUAUCAAAACAAAUGAAAGAUCAAGCAUGGCAUUUUAAUUUUGAAAUAAAAUUUUAUCCAACUGAUGUUCACCAGUUGCAUGAAGAUUUAACAAGGUACCAGCUUUGUUUGCAAAUAAGGAGAGAUAUUGUUAGUGAAAAAUUGCCAUGUUCAUUUGUAACCUACAGUUUAUUGGGGUCAUAUACAGUCCAGUCAGAGUUGGGAGACUGGGAAAUGGAAGAAUUUGGUCCCGGUGUAGAUUAUAUAAAAGGAAUGAGAUUUGCACCUACACAGGACAGAGAUUUAUUAAAGAAAAUUGUUGAACUACACAAAACACACAAAGGUCAAACUCCAGAAGAAGCUGAACUUCAUUUUCUAGACAAUGCCAAGAAGUUAUCUUUAUAUGGAGUUUAUCUUCAUGAUGCAAAGGAUGGAGAAGGUGUGGACAUACAGUUGGGUAUCUGUGCAAGUGGAGUUAUGAUCUACAAAGAUAAAUUACAAAUUAACAGAUUUGUUUGGCCAAAGGUUGUUAAGAUGUCAUACCGAAGGAAUAAAUUUUAUAUCAAAUUGAGACCAGGGGAGUUUGAAGAUUUUCAAAGUAUGAUAGCAUUUAAAUUACUCUCAAUCAGACAUUCAAAGAGACUGUGGAAAAUUGCUGUUGAACAUCAUUCAUUCUUCAGGUUUAAAGAAUCAGACAUGCCAAGGAAAAGAGGUUUAUUAAAACUUGGGUCAAAGUUCAGAUAUUCUGGUCGUACAUUAUAUCAGUCAAAGAUGGCAGUAUCAGCAGUUGAUAGGCCUAUGCCAAAUUUUGACAGGAUUCAUAGUAAAAGGGCAACAUAUGGUGGCAGGCCUAACAAAAGACAUGAAAUUGAGGACUAUUAUAGCAGGCCUACAAGAGAACCAAGAUCAUCUGAUAGGCCACCCAAACCAGAGGUGCGUAAUGAUAACUAUAUAGAUAGAAACCCUGAAGAUGAACCACCACCUGCCAGAAAUGAUCCAGAUAGGUCUGAGGAUGAAGACGAGGACCCAAUAGAUACUAAGCAUCGUAUGGAGAAAAUGCACGCCAUCCCAACCCCCCUGGCAUUAAUGAACAAAGAAAGAGAACAGACAGAAAAUAAUAAUGGACAACCAAGGCAUAUGGAACAACCUGAAGAUGACAGACCUGAACCAAGAAGAGAGAGACGAGACGAUUAUAGACGGGAACCAGAGGAAGAUAUGGAAAGGCCAAUAGACAUACCACCAAUCCAUGAACCUCCUCAUGUACCACCAGGCCAUGACACUCCUUUUCAAUUACUGAGUAAAGAGGAGCAGAAAAGGCAACACAAAGAAGAAAAAGAAAGAAUAAAGAGAGCCAAGGAAGAGGAAAAACGGCGGAAGAAAGAAGAAGAGAAAGAAAGGAAAAGAAUAGAAAAAGAACGCAAGUCAAAGAAAGGAAAAGAACAUAUUGGUCAAGAAUGGGACCAAGCUGUAAAUACAGCUGUAAGAACAGAAGUAUAUAUUCCCCCUGUUGAAGAAUCUCCUGAAAGAGUACGGACUAAACGAAUGAGUAGUUUCGAAGAAAAUAAGGAACGACUAAGGCAACAAAUAGUCUCAAGAGUACACGAUGGUCACCUUUCAUCCCAGGGUGAGCCAGAUGAUUAUCCCAGUGACAAAGAAACUGAGGCUGCAGAUGAUAAUGAUGAUGUCGAUGAUACAGAGAAUCAGGAAGUAACCCAGUCCAGAGUUGGUGAAGAGUUUGAUCUGUAACUUUGUAACUUUCUUUAACCUAUGCAUCUAUGCACAUAACUUCAGCAGUGGAUCGGAAGAAAAAGUGCUUCAUUUUAAUAAACCAUACCUGUUUUGUCAUGUUUAACAUUUAGAAUGUAAUUUUUCUUUAUAUAUAGACAAUGGGAUUUUUUUUUUUUUUUACAAAUUUUAUCAAUUCUGAUUUUAAAUUUAGCAUUGUUUGAAUUAUAGAUUUUACUGUGAAUUUUGUAAAGAUUUACAGUUUUAAUUUGUUAUAAAAUCACAUAUCAUUUUAUUCAAAUACAAUUUUAGCAUUUAUAAUUACAAACUUUAUGAUAUUUUAUGUAAUUAUUUUGGAAUUUAGAAUGGGUCUUCUUUUACAUCCCAGUUUUUAUACAUAACAUUCCAUUAUAGUCAAUUUAAUUUGUGAUGAUCUUUUUUUUCAUUUAUAUACUUUAAGUGAAAGUGUUGUGAUGUUGAAAUUUGUGAUUGAAACAUAUCAUUGAAAUGUACAUAAUUAUUGUAAUAUUAAAAUCAAAAUGCUACAUUUUAGCUUCAAGGUUAGGAAAGCUUUAUAGAAUAAAAAUAAACAUAUUUAAAUA